AUGAGACCCUCCGCCCCUGCUCAAUCACACAUGCCCGGUCCCAAAACCUACAUCGGUUGGUGGGGUGAUAUGGGAUCGUUACCUCAAAAAGGUAUCAAGACCUAUGGUGUCUCUCCAUACCGACAACGAGCCAUGGCUGGUGCCCUCAACGGAUACAUCUUCAACGGUUUCUCCCGAGUGAUGGGUCACUUGCCUUAUGCCGCUCCCCCUCUUUUGUUCUUCUACGGUGUCUACUACUGGUCCAAGAAGAAGUACGAAUACUUCAACUCGAAACAAGGUCACUACGACAACUUGAUCAACGAGGGCGUUAUCAAGCCCGGUCAAUACGAGAGACCAACCGUUGAACCUAUAGGACAUUAA